AUGGCGCUCCAAACACAAAAGGAUUACGACAUCCUGUACAAAAAGCUCACUACAAAUCCUCCUCCAGGCCGGCCCUACGGCGUGCCAGUUGCCGGAACCGAGAAGCCCAACCGCACCGCCGCCUACCGACACUGGGCAGUCGGCGAUGGCCCUCUCGUCACUGCUCUUGAGCCUGGCAUCAAUUCUACACACGACAUCUUGAACAGGAGUGCGCGCAAGUGGCCCAAUUCCAAAUGUCUCGGAACUCGCCAUUGGAACCAGACGACUCAGCAGUGGGAGGACAAGUACGACUGGAUCACCUACGCCGAUUUCGACAUCCGAAGAAAGAACUUUGGCGCUGGCAUUGUUGAGAUUCACAAGGCUAUUAACUAUGCACCUGAAAAGUACGGUGUUGGUUUGUGGUCGCAGAACAGAGCUGAGUGGCAGAUCGCUGGUAAGGCUGUCCCCUGCCCCUCUUGGUCACGGCGUCGCAUCAUGGAUCUAGGAUGUUGCGCCGUGAACCUGCAUACAUAUUUCGGUAUUGCUUCUCAGUCACUAUACACUGUCUCGCUCUACGAAACUCUUGGUCCCGAUACCACAGAAUACAUUAUCAACCAUGCCGAGGUUACUUGCGUUGUCUGCUCUCUGCCUCACAUCCCUGUUCUUCUCAAGAUGUCGCCUCGACUUCCCGGGCUGAAGCUUAUCGUGUCUCUCGAUCCUCUUGAGCAAGGCGAACUGGCUUCCCACACCAAGGCCUCUGUCUUGAAUGAAAUUGCUUCUCACCAUGGAAUCCAGAUUUUCUCCAUGGCUCAGGUUGAGGAGAUUGGUGCCAAGUCUGGACGUGCGCCUCAACCUCCCACUCGCGACGAUCUCUGCACCAUCAACUACACCUCAGGAACCACCGGCAACCCCAAGGGUGUUGUCAUUACCCACGGAAACGCGGUCUCUGCCAUCGCAGGUGGUCGAACUAACGGCAAUGUGAGCCCCAAGGACACUCACAUGUCAUAUCUGCCUCUUGCCCACAUUUACGGUCGUCUCAUUGAUCAGAUCGCUGUCGCUGAGGGUGCCGCGAUUGGUUUCUUCCGAGGUGAUAUUUUGGGUUUGGUCGAUGAUAUGAAGAUUCUCAAGCCCACAGGCUUCAUCUCCGUCCCCCGACUGUUCAACCGCUUCAACUCAGCUAUCCGCACCGCCACUAUUGAGGCCGAGGGUGUUCGAGGCGCGCUCUCUCGACGUGUCAUCGAGACCAAGAAGGCAAACAUGCGACUGCCACCCGGACAGGCCUCCAACACACACUUCCUGUACGACCGAAUCUGGACCCCCAAGGUCAAGGCUGCCGUGGGCAUGGACAAGGUUCACAGCAUGGUCAGCGGUAGCGCUCAGCUUGAUCCCGACGUUCAGCAAUUCUUGCGCGCUGCUUUCGCUAACCACUUCGCUCAAGGUUUUGGUAUGACUGAGACAUACGCUGUCGGCUCCAUCCAAGCCCGAGGCGACUUCACCACCGGAAACAUUGGCGGCCCCAUGUGCUGUGUGGAACUUUGCCUCGAGUCUGUACCCGAAUUCGAUUACACCGUGGAUGACAAGCCCAACCCUCGCGGUGAGCUUCUCCUCCGCGGCCCCGUCAUUUUCCGCGAGUAUUACAAGAAUGACGAGGAGACCCGCAAGACUCUGGAUGCCGAUGGUUGGUUCCACAGUGGUGACAUCUGUGAGAUCGAUAAGAUGGGUCGCUUCAAGAUCAUCGACCGCAAGAAGAACGUCCUCAAGCUCGCACAGGGCGAGUACAUCUCCCCGGAGCGUAUCGAGAACGUCUACCUGGGUAGCAGCAACCUUGUCAAUGCGGCUUAUGUCCACGGCGACGGUACGCAGUCCUCAUUGGUCGCAAUUUUCGGUAUCGACGUUGAGAACUUUGCGCCAUUUGCCAGCAAGAUCUUGCAGGAGACCAUCACUCCUAACCAGGUCGCGGAUCUGCGCGUUGCAGCCAAUAACCCCAAGGUGAAGGCCAAGUUCAUCAAGGUCCUUGAUACCAUUGGCAGCAAGCACAAAUUCAACAGCUUUGAGAAAGUACGCAACGUCCACCUUGACAUCGACCCCUUUACUAUCGAUAACGGACUAUUCACCCCUACACUUAAGCUUAAGCGUCCCCAGGCCGCCAAGGCCUUCCGAGACCAUAUCGACCGCAUGUACGAGGAGCUCGCGGCCCAGGAGCCAAUUGGAAAGAACAAGCUGUCUAUUGAUAACCGUGGCAGAGUGCCUACGGCACCCAUACCACUGCUACAUAACCUUGCCCGGACGGGCAACGAACCUCCUCAUAAACGUCGGCGCGUCGAGAGACGCAGCGUGAAGGAAUGCCUGCAGCAACAGAUCCGGCCGCUGGUCAGCUCGGCGGUUGAGAGGCUCCCGCGCGAAGUUUAUCACAUUAACGCUCUCGCAAUCAAGACAGUUACGGAACUCUGUAUAAGCAAGUUCUUCCGGCGAAGAUGGGAUGAGACAUGCGGUUAUCUCAGCCCGACGGAUCUGAGUAUCCUCUCUACUCAGGCGUGCGAUGUCGUUAAGAGGCUUUCAGAGGGUUCGGAGUUCCGCGUGGCACCUAUAGCCUCCCCGACACCUCCAGCAAGACAACUCCAUCGAGCGACUCGUGUGGCCACUCCACCACGAGGGCAAACGGAGGAGUCCCAUUCUUCAGACUUCGGGUCGGAGCCAGAAUCGGACGAAUUAAGGGGCCCGAAAGAAAGAGAAGGACCCAGGUCUACGCUACACCAACCGACAAGGCCAAGAGAAUCGAACCCCCCAACGUUUUUCUUUGCGCCUGAGCUACCGAAGGCUUCAGAAACGGAGAUCUCUCAGCAUGUCCAAAGGCGACCGUACAAGCCUCGCGAGCGCCGCGAACCUAAUCCUCAAAAUCGAUUCUACCAACUCACCAAAAAGCCAUAUAUCACCGCAGAGUAUCGUAAUGCGAUCAAGGCGGGUACAAGGCAUCCCGUGAACAUCAGCAGCACUGAGUUGCCGCUGCAACCAGUUGCAUACCAUGUCGACUUCUCACCUGACGAGAUCGCCCAGAUUACGGAACAGCUUUCGCAAUAUAAGAACGAGCGUUUAGCGCCUACUCUCGAAACCCUAACGCGAUGUGUCAGGCUGGGGAAUUUGCCUGCAUCGAGUGGGCGGUCUAAUCGCGAUAUGAACGCUUUUGCAGCGGAUCUAUGGGCUGGACAAGUGGCUGAGGUUCCGCGUGUGUUGUCGUUUACUGCCGAACCCGUGAGCGAACAAACCAAGAAGCGCGAGGGUCAACUGAGAAGGGCGAGCAGGCUCUCAUCCCUGCUACUUGCGCGAGAAAUGUCAGGAAAUCAUGGAUGUCAGCGCACUCGGCAAUAUUUGAAUUUUCGGGAAGAAUUCAAGACGCUCUGCGAGGACGAUCUGGAGGUAGUAGCUGAAUUCACCAAUUGCGCUGGUGACAUUACAACAGGAGCUUGGGUCUCCAAUGAAAGCUUCACGUGUGGCACGACAACUCACUCCGACACUCACAACCAACAAUACAAUAAACCAGGAAAUCUGCUUCUUUGCUCAACAACCAAGGGCACGCUGCGUGCAUUUCCCGACCAUAGAAUACCACGUCCACGAGUCGAAAAAGGAGAGAACUCGACAGAGGCCAUGAGGCAGAGUCAAGAUCCUUGGCUUUACUCUUCAGUUGUAUCAUCUGACUAUAACGAGCAGGACGAUUUGGCUUAUACCUCAGGUUUCGAUAAAACAGUCAAAGUUUGGAAGGUCAAUUCGAAGGGGGCGCACAUGGAAGCCAUUGCUACAUGGCAACACACUGGUAACGUCAACUUCGUCGCUGCUGCAAAGGAUAGAUCCGGCAGAGUAGCGACAGCGGCAGAUUCGCCGACAGAUGCUGUGAGAAUCUAUACUAUUGAAAAGGGCAAUGAGGCAAACAGUACAUACCAGACCUUUUCUUGCUCGAGAAAGGACGCUGAAGGGUCUGACAAGUGGGCUUACUUCCCAGCAACGAUGCAGUGGGGAAGGGCCCCAGGCUGCCAGCAUUUACUUUUAGUCGGCUACUCGCCUCGAAGUUUGACAGGUGAUGAUCAGGAUAUCCCUGAAGACAAAAAGACUUCAGGGGAAAUUAUAUUAUGGAACGCAGAGGAGAACAAGCAGAUCCCUGUACUCACAGCAUCAACAGCCAACGUCUUCGAAGUCGCCUGGCAUCCAACACUGCAACGCUUCAUUGUUGCAACAACACCAACUGGCUUAAGUAUCAGCACCCCUAAGAUCAGGACCCAGGUUCACAUAUUCCAGCGCGAUAAGGAGCGCUUGGGUGGUACCGGGUUUGCCCAGUAUCAAGCACUUGACUGCAAGGCCUCCGACAUCAACGAGCUCACGUUUGUUCCCAACUCGCCCGGGCACGCCUAUGUGAGCGCCGCGUGCACUGACGGCAAGGUUUAUGUCUGGGACACGGCCCAGGGUGAUAGGCCCAUUCACACGCUCCGUCACGGAAAACCUAUCGAAGAAUAUUGUGGAGACCGCGAGAAAGAAGAUACAGGUAUCAAGUUCACUGCCUGGAACACCACUCUGGCCCGUUUCUACACAGGAUCGAGUGACGGAGUAGUCAAAGUGUGGAAUAUACGCAGGCGUAAAGCACCUUUCGUGCGGGACAUCCUUACAGCACCAGGACCCAUCGCUUGGGGUGGUUUCUCCCCCGACAACUCGAAACUGGCAAUAGGCGACGCCACUGGUCGCUGCUUUAUCCUCUCAAUAGAUGCGCGUGAUGCGCCCGAAUCUCAUUUUAUGACUCUGCCCGGCACUACCCGGCGGCUUCGCCGUCCACAACCGCUACUUCUCCAUCCGGAGCCGGACCCACCCGGCGCCGACGAGGAUGGCAUGGAUACCGAUACGGAGCUGGACGAUGCAUCAUACGCUCGUCGGACAUAUCUCGAUACGCGAUGCUUGCGACUUUCCCACAAUCCCGUCAUUGGCGCCGUUCAAGGCCCCGAGUAUGCAUCAAGUAACCUCUUCCGCCUUGACGCCCACCUUAACGAAGACCCCACCGCUCCUCUCCUCGCCGACUUCGAGAGACUCCAGAAGGACAGCGAGGCCGCUAGCAUUGGCCGACGACGACGUUCCGUGCGUCGGGUAAAGGUCCCUUCUCCACCAGACGAGCGUCUAAAGUCUGUACAUAGUGAGAAUAAGAAACAGGACUUUGAUUCAGAACAGCUGGACAGGGGCGAGAUGAAUGAUCUUGUGAAAGCCGGUGCAUUACUAAAUAUUGAAGAGGACUGGGGUUUUAUAUAUGAAGAGACUAUGAGCUUAGACGACGCUGACACUUACUGA